AUGAACGCGUUCGUUAUUGUAUCUUUGCGCCUACAUAGUGCACUUGCCGUUCGGGUGUCGACGCAUACCUGCCAACCACCAGCGUCUACGUUCACUGGAGGUUCGAGUGCGCGCUGGGUUCAGAGUCUGCGGCGGCCGUUUGCAGCGAAUCGUCCGUGCCUUCACGAUCCCUCUGCACGUCCAGCGAUAGGAGCUACUCGUCGACACCCCACGAGUAGGCGUGAGUACACGAAUACACACAUGAUGAUCAAGGUAGGGGAUAAGUUUCCCUCGGGUACGUUUGGGAUAAUGAAGAAUGGCGCUCCUUCAGAGAUCACCACAGAUGAGGUCUUCAAGGGUCAGACGGUGGUGAUCUGUGGCGUCCCUGGCGCCUUUACGGGCACGUGCAACGCUCGUCACCUACCAGGGUACGUGAACCUGGCGGACAAGUUCCACGAGCUCGGUGCAAAGGUGGCGUGCCUGGCCACGAACGACGCUUUUGUCAUGGAUGCGUGGAUGAAGAUGCGGAACGCCGAGGGCAAAGUGAUUCCACUCAGCGAUGGCGACGCUUCGCUUCUGCGUCAAAUGGGCCUCACUUUUGACACGGCCAAGUUCGGUGGCGUCCGCGCGGUGCGAUUCUCUAUGAUUGUGCAGGACGGUAUCGUCAAGGCGUUGAAUGUAGAGCAGGGAGGAGCGUUCACCGAGAAAAGCGCUGCGGAAACUGCCUUGGAGCAGUUAAAAGCUUUAAAGUCGGCAUGA